AUGGGAACGGAGCUUUUGCAAACAUCGUACCAAAACGGGGGAUGGAGUGAACCGUUUAAACAGCAAGAAGACGAAGCAGCAACCUACUACGCCAUCCUCUUCAGCCAACUACUUUUGGACAAGGAAUUCGACAAGGCGUAUGGAAUGCUGUCCGACAAGUGCAAGACUGAUUGGACGAGAGAGUCGCUCGAGGCCGACUUCGCGACCAUGAUUGAAAAUAUGGGAGGCGAGGGGUCGGUGGAGCCUGACCCGAUUUCAUUCCAGAGAGACCCCGAAAUGUUUUGCUACGUGCCGAUUGGUGCGGACGGUAUUUCGGAAGCGGUCACGGUGACUAUGACUUGUGAUCCUGCGAUGGCUCGGAAGCCCGCGGAGAUGGAGGCAAUCAAGACAGCCUCACAAACCAUACCCAUUGCCGGCCACAACCUCGGCCUAUUCUCAAUCGACUCCAUUGCAUUCGGCAGGCCUUAA